AUGAGAUAUACCGCAGAACUUGGUGCAUUCAUGGAUUAUACUAAGUGUAGAAAAGAUGAUGACUUCCUAAAAUCAUUGAAUGCACCGCAAUUUUCGACUUCAUUGGCUUUAGAACCAAAUACUUCGAGUACUAUUCGUCUGCAAAGUGAUGCUUCUUCGCUCAUAUACAAGAAAAAGAAAGAUACAAUAAGAGCAAUCAUGAAUUGUUUAUCCGAGAGUAAAUGGUUUAUUCGAGCAGCAGAAGAAGUGAUAAAUAAAAAAGAAAAAGUAGCAACUGUUGUACAAAAAUAUGGAUUUAAUUCUCCAGAGGAUCGUGACGCUUUGGAUAAAAGAAUUGAUAUAUAUCAUACAAUGUCUAAUAUUAGAAAAGACAUUAUAUAUCAUCUAGAAUUGAGCAACCGGGUUAAAGAAGCAGUAACAGAAUUUUUUGAAGAAAACAAACAGAAAGAUGAUAUUGUACAAAAGCAUUUUAGUUCUGCGGAGGAUUCUCAGAUUCUCUGUAAUUAUCAAAAAUUACUACAAGAAUGUAGAAUUGGUGCGAUAAUAGGAAUCGGGUUAUACGAAUAUGAUGACAUUAUAUCAUAUAAGGAUGUUUUUACAUUUAAAGAAGAACUUUCAUUAUUGAGUUUCUUGAAAAUAUGGGAAACAAAUUGUACUUGUUCUUGUCGUUAUUGUGCAUUGGAACAUCUACUCAGUUUAGCUUAUAUAACAGCCUAUACAAAAAAUAAAACAUAUCCUUCUACAUGGAAUGUACACAAACAAGCGGACAAACAAUGGUUAUACAAUUUUGAAAUGAGACAUAGCAAAGAAAUUUCUGUAUACUUGUUUUGCACAAAAUAUCGUAAAUCAGCAUCGAGCGCAUCGCAAUCUCCGUCAUUUAAUGUAACAAUUUUGGAACCAAAUACUUUGAGCAUAUAUCAAACAUUUGAGAAAAUAAAGUUGGAAAAUGAUAUGCAAAAAAUUGUCAAAAUUUAUGAAAGGUUCGACAUCAGACAAAGGAUUACAAAUUUUUUAAACUUGAGCGAACGACUUAUGUCAGCAGCAGAAGAAGUUUUAAUAAUACAGAAAAAUUUAGAAAAUGUUGUAAAAACAUACGAAAUUACUUCUGAAGAGGAGCAUCGGAUUUUAAUUAGCAUAAUAUUUAUAUUAGAGCAAAACAAUCAAUAUCUUGAAGAAAAAAAAGAGUAUGAAAAUGCAGUUCCCCGUCUUCUUACUUUUGAUGGAUCUGUGGAAAAUGCUGCAAAAAAUUAUAAUAUCAAUCACAAGUUAUUAGAAAACGAAAUCGAAAACCAUAAGCUGCCAAGAAAGCCAUAUGUUGACAAAUAA